AUGGCUCUCUUCACAAGCGAACCACAAAGCUUUGAAGAAGCAACACGAGAAGAGAAAUGGAUCGAGGCCAUGAAUGAAGAAAUCAAGAUGAUCGAGAAAAACAACACAUGGGAGCUUGUUGAGAAACCUGAAGAAAAAGAAGUCAUCGGUCUCAAAUGGGUCUACAAGGUCAAGUAUAACGAAGAUGGCUCCAUCCAGAAAUACAAGGCUCGUCUCGUUGCGAAAGGUUACUCCCAACAACCAGGGAUUGACUUUAACGAGACAUAUGCUCCUGUUGUCCGCAUGGAGACUAUCAGGUCAGUCCUUGCUCUUGCUGCUCAACUUAAAUUACAGUCUUUCAAUUAG